AUGGUUGAUAAACGUCGUGUAUGUUACUAUUAUCACCAUGAUGUUGGUAAUUAUCACUACGGUCCGAGACAUCCUAUGAAACCGCAGCGUUUAGCUGCUAUUCAUAGUUUGGUAGUAAAUUAUGGUUUGGAUAAAGAAAUGCUGGUGUUGAAACCUCCUAGAGCUACUGCAAUUGAAAUGAUGCGUUUCCAUUCAAAGGAUUACAUCGACUUCCUAUACCGGGUUUCUCCUCGUACAGCAGAUCAGUUUGAAAGCCUUUUUCCGCAGUUCAAUAUUGGCGAGGAUUGCCCUAUUUUUGAUGGAAUUUAUAACAUGAACUCAUUGUGCACUGGAGGAUCUCUGAGUGGGGCAACCCGUUUAAAUCAUGGUAUGAGCGACAUUGCUAUUAACUGGAGUGGUGGGAUGCAUCAUGCGAAAAAGAGAGAAGCUUCAGGUUUUUGUUACGUUAACGAUAUAGUGAUAGCCAUACUUGAGUUGCUGAAAUAUCACCCACGUGUUUUAUAUGUUGACAUAGACAUUCAUCAUGGUGAUGGUGUGCAGGAAGCCUUUUAUUUAACUGACCGUGUUAUGACCUUAUCAUUUCACAAAUACGGUAAUUACUUUUUCCCCGGAACGGGUGAUAUGUAUGAAAUAGGACGUGGUUGUGGUCGUUAUUAUGCCGUGAACGUUCCGAUGAGGGAAGGCAUGGACGACGAAAAUUACCAUUCUCUUUUCAAACCCAUUGUACGAAGCGUUAUUGAAUGUUACAAUCCCACUGCUAUAGUGCUACAGUGCGGUGCGGACUCUUUAGGAUGUGAUCGCCUUGGAUGUUUUAAUCUAAGCUUUACUGGACAUGGAGAGUGUGUGAGUUUUGUUAGAGGGUUAGGCUUACCCAUGCUUGUUGUUGGGGGUGGAGGAUAUACACUGCGUAAUGUAGCUCGUUGUUGGACUUACGAAACUGCCGUUUUAGUGGGCAAAGGUGAUGAAAUACCGGAUGCCAUCCCUAACAAUACAGAAUACCUCCAGUUCUUCGCUCCUGAGUUUACUCUAAGACCCACCUUACCACCGAGGCAAGAAAAUCAGAAUUCUAAAGAGUAUAUAAAUGCAAUAAAACAAGAAGUUCUGGAUCAUCUGAAGCAAAUACGUACUGCGCCGUCUGUACAGAUGCAGGAGGUGCCUCCGGACUUGCUAGACUUGGAACAGGUUGCAAAAAAACCAUUCUUUUUUUUGUAA